UGACGUGUAAAUAUAACCUACAAUUUAAGGCAUGCCUUUGUUUUGUCGUGUAGUACAUCGUCUUUUGGUAAAAGUUUAUAUUACGUGAUGCUAAAUUUAUUUGAGUAGCAAAAAAAAUAUAUUGUAUAGGAUCGUAAAUAUAAUGUCUGCUCACACGCGUUUAUUUGUGGGUAAUCUUCCUGACAACACGAGUGAAGAUGUAUUACGGAAAGCAUUUUCAGUUUACGGAGAAGUAACUAAUUUGGAUAUAAAAAGUAAGCCUGGAGGCAAUGAUGAGAAAAAAUUUGCUUUUGUUACUUUAUCGGGUACUAACUAUGACAUUGAGUUAUGCAUCAAACAUUUUUCAACUGAAGUCUUCAAUGGCAGUCAGUUGUAUGUGACUCGAGCUAGAGAGAGUUUUUUGGAACGACUCCAAAGGGAAAGACAGCAAACACAACUAAAAGAAGCCACAAAGAAUAAUGUAAAUGAAGUUGUUUCAAAGAAAAACCCAAUUUUAAAAUUAAGUGAAAAAUUGAAUCCUCGUAAAAGAGUAAAUGAUGACAAAGUUAUUGUAAAGCAUAAUGUCAUACCCAGCAAGAACUUCAAAGCCUUUGAUGCCAAAAAAACAGAAUCAUCUUUACCUGGUGUAAGUGAUUAUUAUUUAAAAGGUAAUGAUAAAAACAAACAAGACUCUGACAAGAAAAGAAUGGAAUCCAUGAAAAAGAAGUGCCAGGAAUUCAAACAGAAACAAAUGAUCAUAAAAUCUGGAUUGGUUGGGAUAGAUAAAGUAAAAAACAAAAAAAUUGUUUUUUCUGAUACAGAACAUGAAAUAGAUGUUAAACAAAUUUUUCCUAAUAAUGAAAAUUUGAACCAAAAUAAGAAAAACAAUCUAUUUGAUGAAGAUGAUGAUAGUCCAGAUGAACUAAGUUUUGAAAUAAAAAAGCAUUAUGAAGGGAAACAAGGCCAGAAGGUUUUAGAUUUACAAUCACGAUACAAAUCUGAUAAACGUUUCGUCUUAGAUGAGAGAUUUGUGGAUGAAGAAAAUUUGGAUGAGCAAUGCAAACAAGAUGAAAUCCAGAGUCCAGAAGAUCAGGAAGAAGAAAUAGCAGUUGGUCAAACUGAUGAGAAACUCAAACAACUCAAUAUUUUGCAAGAUGUUCUUGGUGUAGCUAUCAAAUCCCACCUCACACAGCCAACUGAAGCCAAGGACAACAAAAAAAGAGCAAAACUAGGCAUGCUACGGUUUGAUCCUUCACAACCAGAACAUGCUAAAUAUUUGGCACCAAAAGAGGAAAUGAACCAAGAAAGUUUGAAAAAACCCAAAAAGAAAAAGAUGACAGAAAAAUCAAUAAAAGAAACAGACCAACAAGAACAAGAGGAAAAUAAAGUUGAGGUUUCCAAAGAACAAUUUUAUAAAGUGAGUGAUGCUCUGAAAGAAGCUAUUGCACAACCCUCGACAUUCAGUCUCAGGAGUUUAUUUGGUACAAGUGAACCUGAUGAGAAAGAGCAUAAUGCAAAUUAUGUGCCAAUAAAACCUUCGAAAGAAAAAAAAGUGAAAAAUCCAUUAGAACCUGGUGAAAAAAAUCCAUUUGUGUAUGACUCAUCAGACUCUGAGGAAGAAUUAGAAAGUAAGGAAACAAAAACAGAUGAACCAAUAUUAUCAACUGCAGAAACUAAAUCAGUGUGGAAAGAAAACUUAUUUUUCUCAGAUAUUGACAAUAGGCUAAAGGAUGGAUUGGACUUCUUUAGUAAAGAUAUACAGAGUGAAGGACCCAAAGAGAGACGGGAGUUAAAAUCAGUCAUGAAAAAACGCAUCUAUAACAAAGAAAGAAAGAAUAACAUGUUCCAAAAGAAAAUUGGUGGGAGAAAGAAGACUAUGAAGAAAAGUUACAGGAAAAAAAGUUAAUCCAUACCAAAAUCAUGAAAUUUUUUCAAACUUUUAUUAAUAAAACAGUAUGGACAGUCUAA